UGUUAAAAUGGCAGCCAUGUUAAAUUCAAACACUGCUGCUGUUAUGGCUUCUAUCGCACUGCUGGUGGGGAUGUUGAUGUUUAAUACAUCUCUGAUACUGGUGUUUGUUACUGUAUUACUAAUACUGUGGCUGUCAACACGGCGUCCUGCUGGAUUACCACCCGGACCUCCACUUCUACCACUGGUGGGCAACAUUUUUCAAAUAGACGCAGACCCCCCGAGUCGCUUUCAGCAAUCUGCGACGUCAGUAUGGCGACAUCUUCAGCGUGUACUUCUUCCACAAGCCGGUUAUCGUCCUCAACGGCUACGAUGUUAUCAAGGAGGCCCUGGUCAAGAACGCCGACGUUUUUUCAUACAGGCCUCAUUCCUUUUUCAUGGAUAUGUUGUGUGAGGGCAAAGGAAUAGUUGGCACAAGCGGCGAACUAUGGAAAGACCAAAGAAAGUUCGCUGUCAACACUCUCAGAGAAUUAGGGAUGGCAAGUUCUGCCGCUGAAGAAAAAAUACACCAAGAGUUGAAUUUCCUUUUGAAAGCUUUCGAGGAUGAAGGUUCAAAGGAUUUUGAUUGUAAACAUCUGAUCCUCAAUGCUAUGUGCAACAUAAUUUGUGGACUUUGUUUCGGAAAGCGUCAAUAUGAAUACAACGACCCACGAUUCAUAAAGCUGAUAGGCGCAGUAGAAAUGAUGGCAAGUGACAUGGGAAAUUCAAACAUGGUCGAUCUGUUUCCAGCCGUGAGAUUGCUACCGGGAGAUUUCUUUAAUUAUAAACGUCUUGUGAAAAACGUAACGGUUUUGAAGAAAGAGGUAGCUCGUCACGCUGAGGACCGCGUCAACAACUUUGACGCAGACAACGUUGAAGAUUUCGCCACAGCUUUCCUCAAAGAGGUACGAGGCAGUAAGCAGGAGGGCAAGGCGUUUGAUGAAAGUCACCUACAUAUGAUUCUGACUGACUUCUUUGCUCCCGGAACGUUUGAUGUCGGCAACAGCCUCAACUGGUCACUUCUAUAUCUACUCCACUACCCGGAGGUCCAGGAGAAGUGCUUCCAGCUGAUCAAAGAACACAUCGGGCUGGAGAGACUACCCACGAUGAUGGACAAACCCAACCUUCCUUACGUUGAGGCUGUGUAUGCAGAAGUGUUGAGACACGCAGAUGCGGUCCCCACAGGAAUGCCCUAUACAGUCCCCCACAAUGUCCAGUUCAUGGGCUACACCAUCCCUGAGGGUGUCACUAUAUUGCCCGUGUUAAAUUCAGUGCUUCACGAUCCGGUGGCGUGGGGGGAUCUUCGCAAUUUCAGACCCGAUCGUUUUCUGAACGAUGAAGGGAAAUUCCAAAAGAGGGAGGAAUUCGUGCCCUUUUCCCUUGGACGCCGUGCUUGUUUGGGACAGUCUUUGGUCCGUAUGGAACAGUUCCUGAUUCUGACCACCUUGAUUCAAAGGUUCAAGUUGGUCCCUCCCAGUGGAACGUUGGCACCCCUGACAGGAAUAAUGGGUCUUGCCCAUACUGCUCCCCAUUUCAAGUGCAAAGUAAUACCAAGGAACAUUUGAGAUGAAGAGCACCGUUUCAUAAUAAUUAUAUGCGCUUGUACGGUAGGUUUCUAUGCGAAACGUUUUCCAUUUCUGUUAUUGAGAAUCUAGGAAUCUCGACCUAAAUGUAACAUUUGAAACCCCGACUAAGAAGGUCGGUUCUAAAUGAAAUGUCCAGGCAUCCUAUUUGUUAACUGGCAAUACACUCCCUGUUGUGUAUGUACUUUGAGGGCCUCUCUUGACCUACAUUAACACUGCAGUUGCAUUCAGAAACGACAGCCUGCGUCCAAAGUUUCACAUACCCCGUAUACCGCGUCGUUAUGUAUUCAGACAAAAUACUGUCUUUAGAAGGCAUUUUAGAAGUUGUAAAGAUGUGACGGUUUCAUAAAAUAUAGUACAAAUAGUUUUAAAUCUCCUAUUGUGUUCUGUAUUUCAGCAUUAGCAUUCAGCAAGCAAAAUUCAGAAUAAACCUUCACAGAGCAUCGA